AAGGCGAGGCCUAAGUCAGCCGAAUAAGCCACCAGAGAGGGAUGUAUAGUCAAUACCAGGCUAGGAGAGGGAGGCGAUGCCCGCUGUGGAAGGAGGGGUAGAGAAAGGCUAGGUGGGAGGAGGAGGAGAGGCCUAAGGAGGAGGGGGACGCACAGGAAAGGAACAAUGGCUGAGGAUUUCAGAGAACUGGCCGGGCCUACUCCCUGUCAUUGACUCCCUGUUCCAUGUCAUUGACCCCUUGCCCAGCAGACAGAGGCUGGGAGUCAUGGAUCGGAUGAAGAAGAUCAAGAGGCAGCUGUCUAUGACGUUAAGGGGAGGGCGGACAACAGAGAAAACUUCAGGGGACCAUACUGAGCCCAUUACUUUGGAGGAGAAUAGCAACAGUGAUAAUGAGCCCAUCGUCAGAAAUGGGAGAAGCCUUUCGUCCCACAGCAUGCAAUCCUUCUUGCACCGCCACACAGCCAGCUCCUUCCAAAAGCCGCCCAUCCCUCGGCCACACAGUGCUGUCUGCCGGAGCCUGAGCUCUUACCUGAACCGGAGUAGCAGACUAGAGAUUGUGCACGAAGAUCUCAAGAUGGGAUCUGAUGGGGAGAGUGACCAAGCAUCCGGCUCUUCGGAUGAAGUUCAGUCACCAGUACGAGUGAGGAUGAGGAAUAACGCGGCGCGCAAAAUAUCCACAGAGGAUGUGAAUAAGCGCCUGUCUCUACCAGCCGAUAUCCGUCUUCCUGAAGGGUACUUGGAGAAGUUGGCACUCAGCAGCCCGCCAUUUGAUAAACCUCUGAGCCGGCGAUUGAGGCGAGUCUCCUUGUCGGAGAUUGGGUUUGGAAAACUGGAGACUUAUGUCAAACUAGACAAACUUGGUGAGGGUACAUAUGCCACAGUGUAUAAAGGCCGCAGUAAACUGACAGAGAAUCUGGUGGCACUGAAGGAAAUUCGCCUAGAACACGAGGAGGGCGCCCCAUGCACUGCUAUUAGAGAAGUUUCACUACUAAAAGACUUAAAACAUGCAAACAUCGUUACUCUGCACGAUAUAAUCCACACGGAGAGAACGCUGACAUUGGUCUUUGAAUAUCUGGACAAAGACUUGAAGCAGUAUCUGGAUGACUGUAGCAAUAUGAUAAACAUGCAUAAUGUGAAGCUCUUCCUCUUCCAGCUCCUACGGGGAUUGCACUAUUGUCAUCGAAGAAAAGUACUUCACAGAGACCUGAAACCACAGAACCUUCUGAUAAAUGAGAAGGGGGAACUCAAACUAGCAGAUUUUGGCCUGGCACGCGCCAAAUCCAUCCCCACCAAGACAUACUCUAAUGAAGUGGUGACACUGUGGUACAGACCGCCAGAUAUAUUACUAGGAUCCACAGAGUAUUCCACCCAGAUUGAUAUGUGGGGUGUUGGGUGCAUCUUCUAUGAGAUGGUUACAGGACGACCACUUUUCCCAGGAUCUACAGUGGAGGAACAGUUGCACUUUAUAUUUCGGAUACUUGGAACUCCUACUGAGGAGACAUGGCCGGGAAUUCACUCCAAUGAGGAGUUUAAAACGUAUAAUUACCCCAAAUAUUACCCAGAUCCCAUCCAGAAGCAUGCAGCCAGGCUGGACACAGAUGGAGCUAAUUUGUUAUCCAAACUACUGCAGCUUGAAGGAAAGAGAAGGAUCUCAGCAGAGGACGCAAUGAGGCACUUGUACUUCCAGGAGCUUGGAGAAAGGAUUCACAAACUGCCAGACACUACUUCCAUCUUUACACUGAAAGAAAUUAGUCUGGAGCCAGAGAAUAAACAAAGACCUAUUUCAGAGCCAGUUCAUAUACAGUCUCGUCGGCUCAGUCUUGUGCUCGGAUGAAUUCAAAGAAUUUUGUCUUCAGUGAAUCAAUGUGAUCCUGAUGGCUGGAAGGAGAAAUCUGCACUUAGAAGAGCUGGACAGACUGCUCUCUGUGCCCAUAGCUGGAGGACAAGUGAAUGUGGAUAUUAGGCAGUGCCAGCAUGUGGCACCUACAGAACCCAUAUUAUAUCUACCCAUGCCGUGCUGUUGCAGUGCGGACAAUGUGCUGCUGUCCCUCCCGGGAUUCCUGCCACGUCAUGCUGUGCUCCUAUUAUGACUCCUUUCCUUGCUAUUCCUUGUGCUUGUCCUCUCCUCCCUAAGGCAUGGGAAGAUUUUCUCUUUACCCACAAGCCCCCUCUCUUUCAGUUGUCCUUGGGAUUUAAGUAUGAAUUUUUAUGACCUCUCAGUGAGGAUGGAAGUCAACGGUUGAACAGGAUGCAAACUGUUUACUGCAGAAGACCAAGAUAUAUGGGGGAAAUCAGAAGGACAAAUUGUUAUCUGAAAGAUGGGACCAUUGUGGAUGUUGAACAGGAGAGAGGUUAAAUAUAGGUUAGGUGAAGCUAUAUCUAAAGAAUUACUGUAUGUAGUAGGAGUCUGAGUUAAGGAAUCCUUUAGAUGGUGUGAUAGGAGGGCUCUGCAGGUAGUUGUUUGGGGGGUUAAAGUGAUGCUCUGAACAAGCCUGCAGAGCAUAUGGAGAUAUCCGUUACAAUAAACCAAUGACAGAUACCCUGGCAAAUUGUACAGGGGACCACAUAUUCACCCCAAAACUAGGCCGUUAACUAAAGCUCUAGUCCCAUUUCUAACACUGCGAGUACUAGAAGCUGCUCAGACGUGGACGUUGGUACCACACGUCUCCAAGGCAAGGUCACUACAUUUCUCAGGUAUAAGGGUCAGAGCUGUGUCUGUUGCAGAGGGCUCAGUAUUAUUGAAGGGGAUAGUGAGCAGGUACCAAUGCUCUGCAGAUUAUAAUGGAAGACAGCAUCUUCACUAGGAGAAUGAAUAAGGGCUGCAUGGGAGAAUAGUUGUCUCCUAUAUCUGUGCAUGUGCAGGGCCCAAUUCUGGUUCCUGUGGAGAUUGCACUUGCUUCUCUAGAAGAAACAUUGUCUGCCAUCCAGGGGAGGAGCGAGGCAGGGACUGACCCCUCUUCCUGCUACAUAUCAAAUGUAUGAACAAAUAUUAAAAAAAAAGUUUUGAAAAACUAAA